AUGGUCGUCCUCGCCGCUUCGAUAUGCACCCGAGGGGGCAAGGCAGUGCUCUCACGUCAAUUCCGCGAAAUCCCUCGUUCCAGAAUUGAAGCUCUACUUGCGUCUUUCCCUAAGCUCGCCGACGCCGGUACGCAACACACGACCGUCGAGCAGGACAACGUGCGAUUCGUUUACCAGCCGUUGGAUGAACUCUACAUCGUGCUCAUCACCAACCGCCAGUCCAACAUUCUACAGGACAUCGACAGUCUCCAUCUCUUUGCACAGGUCACCACUAGUAUCUGCAGGAGCCUCGAUGAGCGGGAGAUUUUGCGCAGCGCGUUUGAGCUCCUCAGCGCCUUCGAUGAGUUGGUCACCCUGGGAUACAGGGAGAACUUGUCCCUGAGCCAGAUCAAGACAUUCUUGGAGAUGGAGAGUCACGAGGAGAGGAUACAGGAGAUUAUCGAAAGGAACAAGGAACUGGAGGCUAGUGAAGAGCGGAAGAGGAAGGCGAAGCAGCUGGAGAUGCAGCGCAAGGAGGCCGCUCGUACUGGCCGUGGUAUCCCUUCCAGGACUCCUACAUAUCCCGUCUAUACCCCGCCGUCUCGCCCGGCAGUUCCAGAUACAUUCGAUACCUAUGAGGCAGAGAAGAAGAAGACAUUCGCCAAGCCACUCCCGACACGUGGAAAGGGAAUGCAACUCGGCAAGAAAUCCAAGACUACGGAUAUCUACGAGAAGGUUCGCGGCGACCUGGGUCCUGAGGUCGAGGAAUCCACUCCGCUUGUCACACCUCAGGCUUCCACCCCCGUGGCGGGUCAAUCCUCCGCUCGUGCUUCCCUGUCGGCCGACCGGGAGGCGGUUCAUGUCACUGUGGCCGAGAGUAUAUCCGCAAGACUGACCCGCGAGGGUGCAGUGAAGUCCUUCGAGGUUAAGGGUGACCUUCAGCUUCGCAUCUCCGACCCUACCUUCACGAAAGCCAAACUCGAGCUGGUCGCCAACCCGACACAUGGUGCUCAGUUCCGUACGCAUCCUAAUGUGGACAAGGGCCUGUUUACCAGCUCGAACGUUAUCCAGCUGAAAGAUACUACGAAACGGUUCCCCGCAAACAACUCUAUCGGUGUCCUGCGAUGGCGUGUUGCGGGAUCUGACAACUCCGACCUUCUUCCCGUCAACUUCACUGUGUGGGUGAACAAGGGAUCAGACUCAACGACUGUCACGAUCGAAUAUGAGCUCAACCAGUCUGACAGCCUGCGUGAUGUUACCGUGACUAUCCCUUACUCUAGCCAGGAGCCGACUGUCUCCAGCUUCGAUGCCGUCUACGAAGUAUCCGGUGAUACCCUGGAGUGGAACAUCGGCACCGUGGACCAGGAUAACCCAACUGGCAGCUUCGAGUUCGAAGCCCAGGUCGACGACGAGAACGAGUUCUUCCCUAUGAACGUGCGGUUCUCGAAGUCAGCACCAUACGUCGAUGUGGACGUCUCCAGCGUCUCGUUGCUCGACAUGGAGGGUGAAAGCGUUGGAUUCUCCAAGGAUAUCAAGAGCGUUUCGGAGGGUUUCGUGAUCGAGUAA